GUAUAAAGGAAGGAGCAUUUAGCUGUGACGUUUUUUCAUAAAUGACUGACCCUGACAUCCCCAGAAUGACAUCAUCGCGUAGUGACCGCGCGCGUUGUUAAGUAACGGGAGGGGGAGACAGAGCAACGGCUGCUGGAGCUUCUCACAGGACUAUCAACAGGGAGAGCAACCGACCACAGAGCUCAGAGCUGGGGGUAUGAGAUCCGCCAGAAUCCGCUCCCAUCCUCCUUUACUCGGGCUUCUGUCCCACUGACAACCAUCGGAUCAGAACAUCCACCGAACCAGCUCUCGGACGAACCCAAUAUCGGUGACAACUCGCAAACAUGGAGCUGAGAGUGGGGAACAAGUACCGGCUCGGGCGGAAGAUAGGGAGUGGCUCCUUUGGCGACAUUUACCUUGGUGCCAACAUCGCCACAGGGGAGGAGGUAGCCAUCAAGCUGGAAUGUGUGAAGACCAAACACCCCCAGCUGCACAUUGAGAGCAAGUUCUACAAGAUGAUGCAAGGAGGAGUGGGUAUCCCAUCGAUAAAGUGGUGUGGUGCAGAGGGAGACUACAACGUGAUGGUGAUGGAGCUGCUCGGCCCCAGUCUGGAGGACCUUUUCAACUUUUGCUCCCGGAAGUUCAGCCUGAAGACCGUUCUGCUGCUGGCCGACCAGAUGAUCAGCCGCAUCGAGUACAUCCACUCGAAGAACUUCAUCCAUCGGGAUGUUAAGCCUGAUAACUUCCUAAUGGGGCUCGGCAAGAAGGGUAACCUGGUGUACAUCAUCGACUUCGGCCUGGCCAAGAAGUACCGCGACGCCCGCACGCACCAGCACAUCCCCUACAGGGAGAACAAGAACCUGACGGGCACGGCGCGCUACGCCUCCAUCAACACGCAUCUUGGAAUCGAGCAGUCCAGACGUGACGACCUGGAGUCUCUGGGCUACGUCCUCAUGUACUUCAACCUGGGCUCCCUCCCCUGGCAGGGCCUCAAGGCCGCCACCAAGAGACAGAAGUACGAGCGAAUCAGUGAGAAGAAAAUGUCCACGCCCAUCGAGGUUCUCUGCAAAGGAUACCCCUCCGAGUUCUCCACAUACCUGAAUUUCUGCCGUUCGCUUCGUUUUGACGACAAGCCGGACUACUCUUACCUACGACAGCUCUUCAGGAAUCUCUUCCACCGCCAGGGAUUCUCCUACGAUUACGUCUUCGACUGGAACAUGCUCAAAUUUGGUGCCAGUCGAACAGCUGAGGACGGGGAGCGGGAGCGGGAGCGGAGGGCGGGAGAUGACGAGCGGGUCGCAGGGGCCCCCAGAGUGUCGGCAUCGCGGGGCCUCCCACCGGGGCCCCUCCCUGCAGCUGCCAACAGAGUGAGGAACGGGCCGGAGCAGGCCGUCUCCAACCCCGCCUCGCGGGUGCAGCCGUCCGGGAACACGUCGCCUCGUGCCAUCUCUCGUGCGGAGAGGGAGAGGAAGGUGAGCAUGCGGCUGCACCGCGGAGCCCCCGCCAACGUGUCGUCCUCUGACCUCACAGCCCGCCACGACGCAUCCAGAAUCUCCACAUCACAGGUCAGCGUGCCAUUUGAGCACUUGGGGAAGUAGUGUUCUUUGGCUCUGCAUGCACAUGAAACUGACAGGGCUGCAAGGUAUAUUCAUCGCUCCCAUUUAAUUUUGUUCCUUUUAUUUUUACCUUGUCUUAUGAAAAGAUGAUUGCCAAUGGACCCAUGGAUCUUAGGAAAUGGACAUGAAUUUCUUUUAAGGAUCCAGGGAAGUUUGUGACAGUAUACGUCUUUUUGCUGAAGCGUGGACCACCACCACGAUUCAGAAAGCAAACACUCCUUCACCAUUUUUACUCCCUGGUUGAUCAUACCCUGCCACUCCUCAAAACAUUUCCCUCUGUACCUUCUGUCUGACAAAUGUGAAGAGCUGUUGGCAUCAAAGAAGCAAAAAGUAAUCAGGGACGUGCAUGUUUCUCGUCAAAGGUCAUCUUAGUGAUUGAUAUAGGCUUAGUAACGAUUGCUUUUUCAGCUCAACACCGCAACAACGACUCUGUGUAUGUCAUAUUUGUAUCUUUCGUGAGGAUAUCACAAAUUGGAGCUCCUUUCUUUGCUUUGAGAGAAAUGACAGCUAAAGGAUGAAGAAGUGAGGAGAGGCAGGUUAGUGGACUAAAUGAGGUAACUGAAGAGGAUCAGUAAGUGAUGUUUUAGCUGUCGUAGAGUAAGGUUCCCGGUGAAGUAGCAUAUGGUGCUUGCUCGCCUUUCAUCCACGUCGUGAAAACUCGGCCACCAAAACCUCCACAACCCCUUAAUUUGCCUGUUUUUUUUGUUCUAAAUGUGAGCCGGGUAAGGUGAAGAAGGACCAUAGAUAUUGCAAAGACACACUCCACGUCUUGAGGGAAGCGCCUCAGGAAAUUCUCAGCGUAUUUGACCACAUAGCUGCCCGUUUUGGCUAAGAAACAGUGGCUGCAAUUUUGAUGAUACUUCUAAAUGUUACCUUUUUUAAUUCUUUUUCUUAUGGAGGUCAUAGGGGAGUGGGCAGGCUCCGUUAGGGAUUACUCUUAAGGGAGGGGGUGGGACAUCCAAUUGUUAAUUUUAAAAUGUUUACUUCACUGUAAAUAUUUUUAUUUUUAUGUAAAGCCAAACUGUGGUUAUCUGUUUUUAAAGUAGAACAAUGCAUACUAAUGACAUCCAUUGGGGCUGGGGGCAGAAUUUUAGAUAUUUAAAGUACUAAACUGGGGGAGGGGCUUGUGUUGCUUUGCCAGCUGGGUCAUUUAAUAUUUUGUGUGUGUGUGUGAGACUGAGUGAAUCCCUGCUAAGUGUAUGCAGAUUUUAAUCCCACUUCUCUGCUAUUUAUGUUAAACUAUUUUUUUUAUAUGUCUGUCCUCUUAUUCGUGUGUCAUUUCAUCUUCCUGUAACUUAUUAGAAAUAGUGUUUGUUUGCCUGUCCUUUCUGUUUUGUCAUGCUUCAACGGUUGUCCUUGUGGUAAUACUUUCAAUAUUCCUUCCUGCAAAAAGUACAUACUAAUAGUUUUGAUGUCACCUCUUGGAUUUUAACCUCCAGCAACCUUAAUGAUGUCAUUCAAUAGAAAACAUAACUGAUGCAAUUGCAGGGAUGUGUAAAUAGCAGUGUGUGUAAUUACCUUUGUACAGGUCACGUGACCCAGUGGCAUCGUGACGGUCGGGUUGGGAUUGGUCUAGGAGAGGAAGAGGCCAGGGGAUUUCACUUUAUGUAUUGUGUACUGAUAUCUUGUACAGUUCUUUAACACACUUUAUUUACAACAGUAUUUGUGUAUAUUUUAUGAAGUAAUAAAAAUGAAUAACGUUGCUCACAA